AUGCAUACCACCACUGCCGAGCUCCUGCUCAUAUGCGUCCUAGCUGCCGCCAGCUUGCUGGCCUUCGAUGCACGUCAGCUCGGGCCAGCCGGCGGUUCGGCAGGCGCAAGCUGCAUACCGCGGGAGAGGGAUGCCCUGCUGUCCUUCAAGCGCGGCAUCACCAGCGACCCCAUGGGUGUCCUUGACUCUUGGGACAAGGAAGACUGUUGUCAGUGGAGGGGCGUCAAGUGCAGCAACCGGACCGGCCAUGUCCUUAGGCUUCAUCUUCGUCGUCUGGAUGUGUACAAACUCGAGGGGUACUACCAAGACGUCACGGCUUUGGUUGGCCAAAUAAUGCACCUUGAUCUCACCAUGAAUGACCUCGAGGGCCCAAGUGGCCGCAUGCCGGAGUUCUUGGGCUCUUCGACGAGAUUGAGAUACCUCAACCUCUCCGGCUGUUCGCACACGAACACGUCACCGUGUACCUCCAACGCCGAGGGUGAUGCACCGCAGCUCAUGUCGAAGGAGACCCGUCCGGAAGCGCGGUACGCAAGCAAUCCGGCGGGUGCUUUUCAGGACCCGAAACCCCACGCGCCCGGGAGGGACCCCGUCUGGACUUGCGGCGGCUAUGGGCUGCCCUAG